GCGGAGCAGACAGCUCGAUAUUCAGGCUUUGACUGGCUGACUAAGCUAUAUGAACUGAUGUAACACUUAGCUUAGCCGCUUAACAGCGCCACCAAAGCAGUGCAGAGUGAGAAAACACAGCUCGGAAACAUGCUUUGGUUUGAGGGCUCGAUUCCUGAUGCCAUUAACUCGGCUAAACAGCGGAGUUUCGUUUUUGUCGUCGUAAUUACAGGGGAGGAUGAGCAGUCAGCACAGCUGAUGUCUAGCUGGGAGGACAACAAAGUCUCAGAGGCAGCACUCAACUGCUGUGUGGCCAUCAAAGUCGAUGCUAAGAGUGACACAUGUGUGCAGUUCUCCCAGAUCUAUCCAGUGGUGUGCAUACCUUCUAGCUUCUUCAUUGGAGAGAAUGGGAUUCCUCUGGAGGUCAUCGCUGGCAGUGUGUCUGCUGAGGAACUGAUGAAAAGAAUCAACAGAGUUAAGCAGAUGCAUGCUCAGCAGAUUGGAGGUGCAACGGUGUUACCAGAGGCAAGUGCUCCUGUGGAGCCCAGGCCACAUGACAGCACAGCCACAGAACCUGCUCCAGCUUCAGCUCCAGCAGUGCCUGUUAGUUCAUCAGCAGAUGCCACAGAACCUGCAGCAGUACCAGGAAUUGCAAAAGCAUCUCUUUCAAGCCCAGUAGAUGAUGGCAGCCUUUCAGCCACAGCAGCUGUAGAGAAUGCAUCUUCAGACCAUGCUGCCCAGUGUUCUCUGAGAGAAGAAAACCUGGACGCUAAGGUGGAAAGGUUAACCAAGAAACUGGAGGAGAGACGAGAGCAAAGGAAGAGAGGAGAAGAUGAGAAUGAAAUCAGAAAGGAAAUGGAGCGGCGGAAGAUGGGGAAGGACAUGCAGGACUUUAAAAGGAAACAGGAAGAGGAGAAGACCAAGCGACUCCUGGAGGAAAGGAACAGGGAAAAGGCGGAGGAGAGGGCUGCCAGGGAGCGGGUUAGACAGCAGAUCGCCAUGGACCGAGCUGACAGAGCAGCCCGCUAUGCCAAAACCCAGGAGGAGGAGAAGGCUGCUAAGGAGGCCCUACUGCAGGCCAGACAGGCAGAGCAGGAGGCCAGGAAGGAGACACUAAUCAGGGAGAGGAGUACCAUAGCGAGGAUACAGUUCCGCCUCCCAGAUGGCUCAUCUUUCACUAACCAGUUCCCCUCACAGAGCAAACUGCAGGAGGCUCUGCACUUUGCUGUUCAGGAAGUGGGAAACCGCUACGGUAACUUUUCCCUGGCGACCAUGUUCCCUCGGCGAGAGUUCACCAGUGAAGACCUGAACAAGACUUUGCUGGAGCUGGAACUGGCCCCAAGUGCUUCCAUCGUACUUUUGCCACAUUCAGGCAGGCCUGCUAACACAGUGGUUCAGUCAACUGGGGGUGGUAUCUGGGCCGUUCUGGGCACACUCCUCUACCCUCUGCUGGCUGUAUGGAGAUUCCUCAGCUCCAUCCUGUUUUCAAACCCGCCCCCUCCUGGAGCAGCAUCCCGAGGUCCCACCCAGCAGUCCAGCUCUUACACAAACUCAUCAUCAGCCUCGGACAAGGCAAAGAGAGAAACUCUCUCCAAACACACUCUGGAGAAGCGACCUAAAGACUUCAAGAAAGAGGGUAAAAUCUGCAGGCUGAGGACUCAGGAGGACAGCGAGGAUGACAACAACACUUGGAACGGGAACUCCACCCAGCAGAUGUAACAGCAGCUUUCCCUCCCUGUCUCUCUCUCCUGCUGUGAAUUGGUUCAGUCUGACUGGUUGAAGGCUUCUGCUGCAGAGUUGAUCCUUUAGUUACCUCUUUGUCUUACUGUGUUACAGACCUGCGCAUUUCGCCUGCAUGGGGAGAUCAGUAAUAAUCAACAGAGCCUGGGCUUGAGCUGUGUGUUGUUUUUUGUUAGUUUUUUUUUUCUUUUGUUUUUGUUGAUUGUGACAUGAUUCUGUCUCCUAACCUGGGCUCAGAUUACAGCAGAUGGACAGAAUAUGAAAGGAUACACCAGCAUCCUCUCUUUGGGUUUUUGCUCAUAGUAGAUUAUUGUCAGAUCCAUCAUAAUUAACUUUAUCAUUUAAAGUUAAUUAGUAUUAUUAUUUAUUAUCAUCAUCAGACACAAAAUUCUAUGAAAAGAGACAUUUGACAGUAAACAGCUGAAGACAGACAGACCUGAAGAUGUUGUAAUCUGAGCCAGGCUUCACAUUAUGUUACAGAGUCACUGCAUUUUAGAAAGGUUUAACUCUGAAAAGUGAUUGGCUGAUUGCCAGUGACUCAUCUGGAUUCCAAUCUAACAGCAGAAUGAAGACAUUUUGUUUUAGAUGUAUAAAAUAUUUCACCAAUCAGCUUGCAGCUGCUGGUAGAGGACACAUCUUGGCAGUAUGUGUUUCUACUAGUUGACAGUGGGUGACUACUGUAGUUGUCCUCAUCCAGCAAUGAAAAUUAAAGCAGCCUGUUUUUCAGCAAACAUUUGAAUUUUUGUUUGUUUAACCUGAUCCCCAUUCUUCACAUGUGGGUGAGCUUACAUUAAGACAUCUUAUUUGUUGUCUUAAAUAAGUGUUCUCUUAUUUUGAAAUAAAGGCAAUAGAAUGA